GGGAAGGUAGAAGCAGACGGAGCUCAGAUUCAUUUCUGCUGGUGUUGCUGGAGGCACAGCACAUUGCAAGAGCAUAACGUGACGCACAAGGAGCGGGGACACACACAUGGCUAUCAAAUGGAUUACUCUGACAUAUACUUGUGAACUCCAGCAACACAAGGACAAUACAAUCAGCAGACACACAAAGGACUUCCACAGACCCUGCAGAACACCACUUCCACACUCACAGAAUUAAAAGGAAAAACUAAGUGAGAUUUUUUUUUGUGUCCACCCUAAUUCAAUCAGGAGCCAGCUGAUAUUACACUGACUUGGAUUGACAGCACUGAAGAUGUCAAUGUUUUGUGCAAAAUUGUGAGCGCUUCUUGUCACCAUUGAAGUGGAAUAUAAGAAACUGUCAAGUUGUUCAUUUGAUCUCCUCCAGGAUGGACUGCAAUGGUGACGGCUCUUAAUCCUUUGUCCCCCAUAGUCACCAAGACGAGAGCAAAAUACACCAAGAGAAAAGGACACGCGUGAGAAAGCUUACAAUGCACUGACAACAAGAUUAUAUUCUGCACAGCCCAGAGUGUGGCACCACGUGAUUCAUCCAGACCUUCAUUGUGUAAGAAUCUAUUGAUCAGUAUGUAAAUAAAGUCUUUUGCCAUGCAGAAAAAGCAGCACAGAAUACCAAAGCUUAAGUAUAUCACAUGAUGUGAUCUCAUUUCUGAUGCAUAUGUUUAUUUCCAGCUGGCUUAGAUGCAGAUUAGACCAUUUUAAUCCUGUUUCCUCCUGCCAAAGUGUAUUACUGAGGAUGAUAAUUCAUAUCAGUGAGAAUAAUAAUAACCAUAUCAGAAUUUGUUUCCUCUCCAGUUUUCAUCCUUAAUGACAGGAGAUGGGGUUGGUUAGGAGAGAAGAGAAGAAAGACACAGAGCGGGUGGAUGAAUGUGAAAAAAAAAACAAGUGAGUGGGAAAAAUAUUAAGGAGGAAGAAGAGUAAAUUAGAUGAGGAGGUUGGCAACAGGUUGUUUGAGUGUACAUCGGGCUGAUAAUGAGGACAGAGAGGUCCUCAUUAAUCAGAUUGGAUCAAAACUGGUCAAAGGGAACUAAUCAAGGUACUAACAUGCACACACAAGACAGGUGGGGAAGUGAUAGAUCUUUCAUUAUGUCUGGAUUAUUGCACACAGUGCCCAAGCACCUGUUUGCCUGCCACCACCAUUUCAUGUUAGUCACUGAUUAGCUUUAAAUCUGCCAAACAGGCUCAUCCACACUGUCAGUGUUUAUAAAUGCAAUAUGGCGCUCUGUGCAUGAAAGAGUGAAUGUUUCUCUGCCACACCAAGAUAUGGUAAGACAGAAGAAGAGACAGGCAAUAUUUUGACAUCAAAACACAGUCGACAGACAGGAGGUCUUACCACCUCAUCCUUUUCAAAUUUUAAUUUCUUGGUAAAAGUCAUUUCUUAUUUGACUAUAAUUAAAACUUAAACUUAAAGGACCACAGCAGCAGAUUUACAUGUUGCAAGACAUCCAUUGUAUUCUGCACAGAACACAAUAUAAAUGUCUAUUAGCGAGCUUCAGUUAUGUAAACCUUCACAGUCAAGAUCGAGUUUGCAUUGAUUUUUGUUAAAUUAUUUAAAUCAUCAUUAAGUAACAUUAUAGUAAGGUGCAGACUUCAGAUCAAUUUGUGCUCAAGCUGCAUUACCACGCAGCAAUAAUGCAACACUGACAAACAUAAUACAGACUUGAUUUGAUCACUGUGGCAUGUGAUACAAAUUUCAUGUCUUAAUUUUUAUAUAAUACAGCUCUGUGAUGAGCUGGUGACUUGUCCAGGGUGCACCCCGCCUCUCGCCCUAAGUCAGCUGGGAUAGGCUUCAGCCAUACUGUAACUCUGAUGAGGACAGAAAAUAAUGAAAACAAUGGAAGUUUGGGACUGUAUAAAUAACGGCAUAAACUAUAAUGGUAUAGCCUGCAUUUGCAAAUAAUACACAAAAAUGGUGGCUAUAUAAAAUGAAUAUAAGCUGCUAACAUACUCUUAAGUUAUUUUUUUUACCUCACCUGAAACCAGCCACAAUCCCUCCAGUUAAUGAACUGAUAAUGAACUGUUAAUGAAGUCUAUGAGUCCAAUUUGAGGAAAUCCAGAUUUAUUAAAGUAUCCUCUGACCUUCUGAUUAUUUUGACUAUUUGUUAAAUUGACAGAAUGGCCAAAUAUUUAUAUUGCAUUGUGUAAUUAUUAUCUCAUCCCAAAAUGUGUAUCUAGGACGUUUUGUACUCUAGGAUGAUUUAAGAGUACACAAACACAAACAGAAAGCUUUUGAAACUCUGCAUAGCUGGAACAUGACGACAUAAUUUGUUAAAGGGAAUGACCCAAACAUGUGUGAGCAGCUUUAAAAGAGGACUUAUAUGUUGAAAGAUGUGAAUGGUUGGUAGCUAUAAUGGUUUUUGGUGUGUUUUAACUACCUGUUCCUGUACUCCCUGAGGCACUGUUGACCUGUGUACAUAGGAUGGGGAGGACAUGAAAAUGGAUGGUUGCACACUGGUUUGCAUCUAGAGAGAAAAGCAAGAGAGGAAUCGACACCACCAUUUAUCAUAGUGAUAGCUUUAAAGUAAUGGGUGGAAGCAACAUACUCUACUAACUACUAAAAGCAGUGUCUACAGUCCAUCCAGCACAGCGAGAUGGAAUAAUUUGUGUUUUACAUUAAGUCGAUCAGACAGAUGGGAAUGCCGUGUGGUGCUUGCGUUAUUAUAGAGAGAGCAAAGCAGAAUACAUUUUCGGAGACAGGGGAUGUAAAGGAAUACGUUAAACAGCAUUCAGCGCAGCUCUGCAGACAAUAUUUACCUUCUCUACAUACCCUCACUUCAUGGAAUUUCCUCUGAGGACAGGAAAAAUCGGCGCCAGAAGUUUUGAGCUAUGCGUGGGUCUCCUGCAUUCAAGCCAUUGAGCAAUUUUUUAAGGCAAUCCGUCUUGAUUUCUUGGAUUCACAAGUCAUGCAAACGAGACAUGUGCAUAUUUGGAAAAAGCAGCUUUGUGUCCUUUAGGAGUUCACGAAAACAAGGGCAAACUCUGAAUAUAUCAAAACAAGACUGAGAAAUGAAGUAAUCCUUUGUGAAGGAAGAAAUGUCUGCAUAUGAUUUACACAUAAGUCUUGACACCACAACAGAAGAUUCGUCUGACUAUUUUUUUUAAAUAAUAAAAUUUUAUUCUAUUGAAUACAAUUUGGGGACAUUAGUCUUUCUGGCAUUUCUGUAAUACUGUAGAUUUAUGUCUUAGGACACACUGGUAUUACCUUACCGCCCCAUGUCAUUACACCUUAUCUUCACAUAGGCAUGCUUGAAAAAAGGAAUUUCACAUACGAAAUUAGUCACAUGAGCAAAUAUGCAUAAUGAGAUUAUAUGAGGGUAUAAAGGACCGCUGUGGCACAAAGAAUCCUCUCAUGAAUUAUGCUGUAAUUACAGAGAGGGGAACAAGGAUCCUCAGGGCCUGACAAAGAGAGGCCAGGAGAUUCCUUGAUGAAAAAAGGCCUUGUUGUCUAAACCCCUGCUUAAAAAAAACUUGAAAGAGAAAAAUAAGAACGAGAUAAUAAAAAUGAUCUUUGCAGAUUUAAUAAGGGUUGGUCUCGGUUUAGACAUUUAUGGCUGAGUUAUGGUCACCUUGUGUGGCUGCAUGGUUUCACUCACACCAAAACAUUGCUGUCUGACUUCAGAGGAAUGGUCACGCUCAGAUCUUCUUCCUGUCACCCACGACUCUACCUUCAUGCUGACUGGCUAGCCAGCUGGCCUGGCUUGUCAUGCAUUCAUCUGAACACAUUCCUUCGGCAAAGCCAGCAUGUAACACUCGAUAAUAUGUUCAGCUGUGUUAUCUCAUGCACCCAGCAGUGAGUACGCUAUUACUAGCAAAUUGGCCAUUAGGGUCUCAGUAGAGUAGUGAGAACAACCUUGUAAUAUCUUGUUAGUCACACUCAAUUGCACAAUACCACACUGUAGUUUCCCUUGUAUUUUUAGUUGUCCUUGUACAUUCAUCAAAAAAGAUAUAUCAAUAUGGUGUCAAUCAGCACACACUGUGGUAAGGAAGGCAGCAUAGCCCCCCUUAUCACCCCCUUUCAACAACUCUUUUCUUUUACCUUUCCUGGGAUGUUUUUUUCAAUUUCCUUCAUCGCCCUUCUUUCAUCUCCCUUAAUUUUUCCUCUCCCAGACUUUCUUUUACAUGCAGUUUAUUUAAACAAGGAUGCCCCAAGCGUCCCAUGACUCUGUUUUUUGAAAUUGUCAUCUGAUUCCUAUCAACCUUCUGUUCUUAAGAGCCAUUUAUUUAUAAGCAUAAGAAAAAUAAACGUAAAAUUCAUUGAGAUCAAGACAGAGUGUGACCAGGGGAAGAGAAAAGAAUUCACGAGUGUAUGAGAGAAAGUUAGCGAGGGGAGGGAAUGAAAACAGGAGAAAACAGGAAUGUAUGGGGGUAAGCAUGGGAUGAGAGCGAUUAUGAGAGCGGAGGUGAAGGAAUAAGAGUGGUGGGAUAGAGGGGAAAGCUGUCAAAUCAACCUUGAGAAAAUAUGAAAAAGAAAAUAAACCACGUUGGACUUGCGUCAAACAGAACUUGAGGCUUUGAGAGAUGGCUAAACACAAACACUGAAGACUUAUUAAAAAAUUGGAGACAGCACCAAAAACAUAAAAAUAGUCACAAGGCAGCGUGAUCUGUACACUCUCUGGCUUUCAUUGCUUUCAGUCACAUCUCAUAAAAUUUUUGAGAAGAAGCUAUUUAAAGUGUAUGAUGUGAAACAUUUAACAGAUGCACCAAAAACAAAGAGCCCCUGUGAAUCAUUUCUACAUCUCUACAUGCAUCUUUUGCGUCAAGAAUUUGUUAAGGGCAAUUGGAAGAUAUCAGAGGUCAGACAAGAUACAGAUAUUGUGAUAACACAGAAUAAGUAAAUUGUUUGUUGUUAAAAUCUGCAGAUGGUAAAAUCUGAACUUAGACUUAGUCUUGUGACCCUGCACCAGUUUGACUCUGGUGAUUAUUUUGUGCAUGGUAUAAUUAAAAAACAACAAAAACAACUUUUCCACAUUAACACAUUGUUUGUCUUUCAGGAAUGGAAAGCAUCACGGACUGGGAUGGGUUAGCCCUCUCCUCAUUGGUCACCACAGGAAGAAAUAAUUUCUCUUUGUCGUCGUCUUUGUUUGUCUCUGAACUGACCUCCCUCAAUAGUUCUCACAGUGGGGGAUCCUUCUUCGGGAUCUUCCCUGAGAAUGCUUCCACCACCACGCCUCACACCCUGCCCCAGCCCAGGGCGAGGGACCUGGGCCUGGCUCGGGCAGAGAUCGCAGUGCUCGGGUUGGUGCUGGCUCUUACCACCCUGGGGAAUAGCUUUGUGCUGUGGGUGCUGCUGAGGAGAAGGAAGCAUAAUGCGCCCAUGCACGUGUUCAUGGUCAACUUGUGUGUGGCUGACCUCGUGGUGGCCCUCUUUCAGGUUCUUCCUCAGUUAAUAUGGGACAUCACAGAGAGGUUUCAAGGGCCUGACUUUCUCUGCCGGUCCAUCAAGUAUUUGCAGAUUGUGGGCAUGUUUGCUUCCUCAUACAUGAUAGUUGCCAUGACAGUAGACCGACACCAUGCCAUCUGCUGCCCAUUGCAAGCUUACCGUGGGGGAGCAAUGUCCCGCUGGAACACCCCUGUUAUGGUGGCCUGGGGUUUGGCGCUAAUCCUCAGCAUACCGCAGGUGUUCAUCUUCUCUCGCUCAGAAGUAGCUCCUGGGGAGUACGAGUGCUGGGGUCACUUUGCUGAGCCAUGGGGGCUGAAGGCCUACGUCACCUGGAUGACCGUGGCAGUCUUCCUCCUACCUGCCCUCAUCAUUACCAUCUGUCAGAUAAGAAUCUUCAGAGAGAUUCACAACAACAUCUACCUGAAGUCAGAGAGGAUGGUGACGGCUGAGUUGAAGAAGAAUGAAAUCCUUUUCCGCUUCCACAGCUUUAAGAAGGAGGAUGAGCGGGCCAGAGAAAGGGGGAGACAGGCGUCUGGAGGAGGGGGCAGGGACGGGAGAGGACAGCUCCUAAAGGGUGUGAACAACAACCCUCACAGUAACAGCCAUAACAGCCAAGUGGGCGAGUGUUAUGACUAUGUACCAUCCACUGCUAUUCAGUAUAACAGUUGCUGUAGUGACCAUGUGACAACAACAACGUCGCCUACACAGCAGCAAACACUGAGCAGCUCAGAUUGUCACGAGUCCUACACAUCUUUUGAGCUGGCCUCUGGCUCACCCCGUUGCUCCCUGGACUAUGCCCCCCCUCACCCUCCAGCCGCUCCACCUCCCAGCAUCACUAAAGCCAUGUCCAAGACGGUGAAAAUGACCCUGGUCAUCGUGUUGGUCUAUACUGUCUGCUGGUCGCCUUUCUUCAUCGUCCAGCUUUGGGCGGCCUGGGACCCCAAUCCUCCAGACCAAGGAGUGGCCUUCACUAUCCUGAUGCUGCUAGCCAGUCUGAACUCAUGCACCAACCCGUGGAUCUACACAGCUUUCUCCAGCAGCGUGUCCAGAGAGCUGCAGAACCUGCUGCAAUGUCGGUCGAGACGUGGCCGCCGAGGUUCCCUGCCAGACGACUCCACCACCACACACACGUCCACCACCAAGGACAGUCUGUACUGACAGAGAAUGAUGAGACAGAAACAGACACACAGAGACAUGUUUAAAAGUACGUGCAUGAGUGCACAUACUCUGUGUUGCAAGGACGUGUUGCUGCACACAACUCAGCACCACCACAACCACCUCCAGCAUCACAGCCUGAGAACAGAGAGCAUUGACCUCUACCAGAUGUUUCCAAUGACAAAGGACAGCUGUACUGUCAACAGGCUCUCUAUCUGUAAUCACCUGUCUUCUCAACCCCAGCAGUGAGGAAGGGUGUCAUUGAACAUGUCAACACCAUUUUAUGAGGACACUGUAGAAAAUACUAUGCGGUGACCGUCAGUGACAGGAUCUGCAAUGCAAAAUGGCCUUGGAAAAAAAGCAGUUUAAGUAGGACCCUGUGCCGGGAUUCAUAUGUGAAAUACUCCUGCUGAGACAGAGCAGAAUCACAGGAAUGCAAGGGGUGGAUCACUACAUUAAUGGCCUUAUGGCACGCCUAAUGUACAAAGCAGCAGACAAAGCCACGGGUGUAGAGAAAACAAAGCAACAGGCCGAGGGAGAGAAACAUACAGACAGUAAGAGAGAGCGAGACAGCUGCUGCACUGAGAACAGACAGGGGAUGACAUGGAUGUUACAGCUACAGAGGUAGUCCUGAGGAAGCUGCCGUCGAAAUCUAAUAAUGCAAACAAACUUUGUUAAAUCAAAGAAAGUGGAUUACAGACAGAUGCUUGAGGCUGAAUUCAUAUUCACUCAGAAGGAAUCUGGUUCCAAAGAACAAUAGUGAUUUAAGAGCAAGACAUACAGAAAGUCACUUAUGAGGAUGCCGCAGUAGAGAUGAGACGCUGCCUUAUGAGCUGGGUUAACCCGGACAGGAGGUGGGGUAAGCCUAGGAGAAGACAAAUGAACAAUCCAGGUUUGCUCAACCAACCGGGACACAAUCAUGUGACUAUAUUUUGUACUAAGGCAACAUAUGAGGUACACGUUCAUACAAGUAUGGAACAUGAACAUAAAUGUUAAGCAGGAAGGAAACAUUCACCAGCAUUCCAUGUACAGUGAUGAACAAUGUAAAGUAUAUUUAUUGAAAAUGUAAGGCACAUUAAAACAUUUUGUGUAAGAUAAAUGUUGAAUGUAAAACAUGAAUUUGUAAUGGUCCGACAUGUGUGUGUAGGAGAUAACAAGUAGAUGCCAAACCAAAGACUUUUAAAAACUCAACUGUAGCAUUAAAUAAGGUCUUAACAUAUUUACAAAGCUUCGAUGUAUUACAUGAAAAUACUACCAGUCAAGACAAGUGCCUGUACUAGACAGUUGAGGGGCCUCCCUAACUGGAUUCAUCUUGGAAUGAUGUUAUUCCUCCAGAGCAGGAAUUAUUGGAUAUGUAAUAUCACCAUUGAGCCAUUGUUCUUUUAUCUUUUUAUUUAUUGUUGUCAUAAAAAAGCAUAUAAAA